AUGAGCAAAGAAAAAUCAAGUUCACUUAAAAAGCCUGAUGUAGCUAUCACGGCAAGUUCAUUUUAUUCAAGAGAAACGCUAUCAACUCCUUCGGUUAACACAAAACGUUCAUCAAAUUCCUCAGUAGAUACACUUGUAACUCUUCCAUUGGAAGAAGAUCAAACAAAAAUAGAUAUACCUUCACCUGCAAUAAAAAAUGAGAAAGUUGCAAUUCCGACUUCUUUAUCGUCAAGUCCAUCCGUUAUUUCAACGGUUGUAGAAAAAGAAAAAUUAAAUAAAUCAAAUUCAAUAUUACAAAGAUCACUUUCAUUCUUGACUCGUUCGGAAUCAAAAAAAUCCGAAUCGCAAUUAGUUAAAGUGCAUCGAUAUACCAUAUACGAUGAUGAAACAGGAGAAUUUAUAGAAAUUGUAGAUGAGGAGUGGGAAGGUGAUGGCCCACGACCAAGAAAAUCUACGGACUCUCAAAAAAAGGGUGUAAUAAUAUUAGACAAAGAUUUACCAAGUUUACCCGAACCUCCUGUAAUUAAAAAGAAAACACCAAUAGCGAAAUUCAAUCAAUGGUUAAAGGAUAAAUACCCUCCCACUGGAGCUUUUGCUAAAUCUAAAAAUAAUGGACUUCAAAUGAAUGGAAAGGGAGAUGGAACAUUUUAUGAUCCAGGUAUUGGCAUAGGAGCGUGUGGCAAGAUUAAUACGGCUGAUGAGUUUAUUGGUGCAAUGAACGCUCAACAAUUUGGGGUGUCACCUAUCUGCGGUAAGUGCGUAAACAUCACCGGGCCAAAAGGAAGCGUCAAAGUCAAAAUUGUAGACAAGUGUUCCAAGUGUAAAUUUGGCGAUAUUGACAUUUCUCCAGUCGCCUUUAAUGCUAUCAGUGACGGAUCACAAGACCGUAUAUCGAUUACUUGGGAAGGAAAGGACGUAGUUGCGUCUCAACAGUCAUUAUCAAUAGUCCUAGUUCAAAUAAUUCAAAUUCCGUCCGUCAAGUCGCAUUUCAUCUCGAUUGAUUCCGCUAUGAUGAUUACUUGUAAAAAAUCUAAGAAAUCGCCAAAGGCCCUUUACCAUGCAUUGUUAGUUGCCAAAUGCAAUUGUGUGGCAAGAUGUAUUUUAGCUCUGUAUAAAAACUCCCCUUCUACCGUUUGA